AGGAAGCACCGUGACGUUAGAAGAAGGCGGAAGUAAACACGGCUCAGGAGGACAGCAUGACGGUCCCGGAGCUCCUCAGCAGAGCAGAGUUACUAAAACAAGGAGCAGAGGCGAGGGUGUACCGAGCAGUGUUCCUGGGGAAGCCUACGAUCGUUAAAGAACGGUUCCCGAAACGGUACAGACACCCGGUCCUGGACGAGAAGCUGACCCACCGGAGGACCGUGCAGGAGGUCCGGUCUAUACUGCGCUGCCGCAGAGCAGGUAUAGCUACCCCUGCUGUCUAUUUUGUGGACUACACCACACACUGUAUCUUCCUGGAGGAAAUCGUUGGAUCCCUGACUGUGCGUGACCACAUAGCAUCCGCUCAGCAGUCUGGUUCCUGCACAGGGCCGGAGCUGGAGCCGCUGGCUAAACAGAUCGGUCAGAUCCUGGCCAAAAUGCACGAUGAGGACGUCGUUCACGGAGACCUGACCACCUCGAACAUGCUGCUGAGACGUGCACCGAGGGAGGGGGAGUCUGACUUAGUCCUUAUUGACUUUGGUCUGAGUUACAUCUCUGCUCUGCCAGAGGAUAAGGGGGUGGACUUGUAUGUGUUGGAGAAGGCGUUCCUUAGUACCCACCCUAACACAGAGGCGCUGUUUGAGAAGCUCCUGAAGAGCUACGCUGCGUCAUCCAAGAAGUCUGCAGCAGUCAUCAAAAAGCUGGACGAGGUUCGGCUGAGAGGGAGAAAGAGGUCGAUGGUGGGAUGAUAAACAAUUUUGUAAACAAUCAAAACAUGAUUCAUUGACAAAGAUAUUAUUUGUCCAACUAAAGGAUGUUGUAUUUAAAGAAACAUCUUCAAAUAAAGAAAUAUUUUGCGAUAAUUAA